AGCACAAAUAAAAGGAAAGGUAAGCUCGCCUUGAGUGAAAGCCAGUGAAGUAGGCGAGCGCCACCGUGCUUCUCAUGUGUGACACUCACAAUGGGAUUCUUCUACUUUCUAUUUGCGCUCCUGCCUCUGGCUGUUGCUCAAGCACCAACGAACUAUGACGCGUGCCCAAACAAGACAUGGGAACCUGAAAAGGAUCCAUACCCGCACCGUUGUGUUCACUUCUGUCCAGAUGGACGUGGAUGGCUCAUGGCAUAUUAUAUGAAUUUUACCAAAUGCUGGUACAACGACGAUGUAAAUGGAACGUGCUAUGAUGGUUUAUGCUACAAUCACCUGCCGGAAAAUGUGACGACUGGUGCCCCUCCUGCCACUACUGAAGUAAUGUUUACAACAGCAAGCACAAGAAGCAACGAGGAGACAAUGAACACAUGGAGCAACGAGGAGACAAGGGACACAUGGAGCACUGAGUCUUCAGCAUCUGACGGCACAACUACUACGAAAAAGGCGGAGACGACCGAGGAGAAGAAGAAGGAGAAAGAAAAGAAAAAAAAGAAGAAAAAGAAGGAAAAAAAGACAACUCAAUUUGUAGAAUGGUAGAUGAUAGCAGUAUGAGCAUUUUUCUUUUUCUGGUAAAAUCAAUAAACUAUAUGUUAUAAUAAGA